GUGCACCGGGAAAAAGCACAAUAUGUUAUAAAAUGAUUAAACAUCAAAUUAAUGGAACGGAUGGUUAACAGAGGCUCAUGUACUUCCUGGAAAUGUUUGGUGAAUGCGUAUCAAAGUGGAUUUAGGAGAUGCAGGAGCACAACGGACCCAGUUCAGGGCUCAGAGGAUGAGGUCAGAAAAGCCCAGGUUAAUAAAGGAACAGUGGCUGCAGUGUUUUUUGACGUGGAAAAGGCAUAUGAUAUGUUACGGAGAGAAGGGUUGUUGAUCAAGUUACAUCGAAUGGGAACUGAGGGAAAUAUCUUCAAUUGGAUUAUUUCUAAGUGGAAGGACUAUUCAGGUUAAAACAGGGUCAGAGCUCUCAGAAAUUCAUGUUUUAGAAAAUGGUACGUGCCAGGGGAGUGUUAUGAAUCCUAUUUUAUUCUCAGUUAUGAUAAAUGAUAUAUUUGAAAGUAUAAAGUAUGGGAAGAUCUCUGUUUGCAGAUGACGGGGCUAUGUGGAAGGGGGGAGGAGAUGUAGAACAUAUAGUUAAGAAACUACAAGAAGGGAUAAAUCAAGUGGAAAGAUGGGCGACAGAAUGGGGCUUUAAGUUCUCUGUGGAAAAAACUAAAGUUAUGUUCUUCACAAAUGAAAAAAUCAGGGACGGAAUGAAUCUGAACGUUGGUGUUUGUUGGGACGUUCAUGUUGGUUCCAGCACAGUCAGGAAUCCCAGAAAAUGAAAAAGUAGACAAGUUAGCAAAGGAGGCGGUCAAGAGAGAAUAUGUGGAAAUGAAUAUUAAACUGUCAAAAUUGGAGUGGAAAAGCAUAGUUUGGAGAGAAAUAAUUACACAGUGGCAACAGCUUUGGGAUAGUGUGACAAAAGGAAGACAUGCGAAAUACAGAAUAAAGUUGGAGGGGUAAGAAAUGGUGGAAAUAACAGAAAAGAGCAAGUAACUCUGAAUAGGUUAAGAAAUGGUCACAGCAACUUGAAUGGCACACUGUUUAUCAUAGGAAAACAUCCAGCUGGUCAUUGUUGUCAGUGUCAAGAGAAGAGUGGAGCCAGUCCUGAUUUCAUGCAGAAAAUACCAGAGAAGGGCUCUGAUGACAGGGCUUCAGAGGAUAGGACGAGGGGAGGCAAUAAAAAUAAAGCAUGUGCUUGAAUGUGGGGACGCGGUAGAGGGGAGAAAGUGGAUAUUUCAGUUUUUGAAGGCUACCGGACUAAAAACAAGGCUGUAAUUGUGAUAGGAUAUUAGUGGACGUUUAAUGCCAGAAGGUGGCAGUAAUGCAACAACUCAAAGGAUAUCAACUGCCGUAAAAACUAGAAGAAGAAGAAGAAGAAGAAGAAGAAGAAGAAGAAGAAGAAGAAGAAGGAGGAUAAUUUAGUGAGACACGCCUCUGCUGCACGUCACGUAACAGCAACAUAUUACUCAAGGUUACGGUGAUGCAGCGCGUGCUGGAGGAAGAAUGGGCUCACAUCUGAAAAGUAUCUGUUGGUCUGUCACAGUCUGACAGGAUGCAUAUCGCUGAUUUUGUGUCUGGGUCAUUUGCAGGGGCAUGUGGCGUUGCAGUGGGCUACCCUCUGGACACUGUGAAGGUCCGGAUCCAAACCCAGAAACAGUUCACUGGAAUAUGGCAGUGCGCAGUGGCAACAUUUUCUAAAGAAGGGGUGCAUGGCUUCUUCAAAGGCAUGUCCUUACCCAUUACCACAAUCUCUAUGACUUCCUCAGUGGUGUUUGGCACAUACAGGAACUGCCUGCAAUGUCUGAGCCAGGCGCGAGGAGCUGGUUGCGGUCCAAACACCAAACCAGAAGUCUUCCUGUCUGGUAUGGCGGCGGGUAUAGCUCAGGUAUCAGUGAUGUCUCCAGGUGACAUAGUGAAAGUACGUCUGCAGUGUCAGACAGAGUCCAAGCGUGGACAAACCAACAUGCCCAAACCCAAGUACCAUGGUGCAGUUCACUGUCUGCUCAGCAUUAUCAAAGAGGAGGGGUUCAGGGGGCUCUACAGAGGAACGCUCCCGCUUAUGCUAAGAGAUGGGCCGUCAUACGCCCUGUACUUUUUAACUUACAAGACUGUCUGUGAAUGGCUGACAGACAGCAGCAAGAAAAGACCAGAUUGGAGUGCUGUGAUGCUGGCUGGUGGAAUAGCAGGAAUGGCAGGAUGGACUGUAGGAACGCCCAUGGAUGUGAUCAAAGCCCGUCUGCAGAUGGAUGGAGGUCGGGAGACGAAGCGAUACAAGGGUUUUUAUCACUGCGUCACUGAGACAGUGAGGGCGGAGGGAGCAGGAGUGUUCUUCAAGAGCUUAGGCAUCAACUGCCUGCGUGCAUUCCCCGUCAACAUGGUGGUGUUUGUUACAUACGAGGUUCUCACCAGUUUCCUCCGAGCCAGACCUGACAGCGUUGAUUCAUUUAGGGUUUGACUACCUCAUAUUCUGUUUGUCUGCCUGUGUUUAAUGCUGAUUGUUUUUACACACGUGACAAAAUGACUGUUGCAUUGCAAUAUUUUUAAGAAAUGAUUGCCAUCAUUUGAGCCGCCUGUUACUUGUAUAAUAUUCAGUGAGGUAGGGUAAUGUAAUAUCCUAAUAUGCUCAGAGGUAAUUUGUGAGUAAGGCACUGUUGGUACCACCAGCAACCCUCUGUCCACUAGAUGGCCCCCCUGGCCAGCUUCUUACCUUUUUUUUCUUCUUUUGCUCUAUGUUCAUGAGAAGAAAACCGUCGGGAAGACAGCUGUAGUUUUUCACCAGAAGAACAGUGCAUCAAGAAAUUUCAACAGUUUUGAGAUUGCUAAAACUGAAGUUAUAUUUGACUGUAUUCAAGACCUUUUAAGGCCUUGAGUAUGAUACCCGUCCAGGCUCACACUGCAUGUUUACAUAUCAUAACAUCUGUGGCUCAUUCCCAGCUCAGUAGCAAAAUGGUGAAGCUGGACAAUCUAAACAAAUUAUUCAUUAUUUAUUGAUAUUUUAAACUUUGAUGAUAUGGAUUUAUGAAAGGAUUAUUCUAUAAAUAGAAUUAUAAUUAGGAACAGCUUCAGGAUAAUCAGGUUCUGGCUAAAUGUUUGUAUAUCAUAGCUGCUGUUAUAACAUUGAAAUCCUCAAAGCAAACUGUCUGUAAUUACAUACAUGGAGCACAUCAAUAAACUAAUUUGUUUUAUUCCAUCUUCCUCUUAAACAUUUAGAGAAAUGCUUUUUUCCAGAAUACAAAGCACAUUUUAAGUACUGCUACUGACAUGUGUAGACUUUUUAAGGGCAUAGGUUCGGUUUCAGAGUGGGGGAGACAGAGAAAUCAGGGUUUUCAUCGACCAGGGGAAAAAUAUGUGAAUGAUAUUUCUUGUAAAUCAUUUGUAUAAUAAGUUUCCCCUCUGGGAUCAAUAAAGUAUUUCUGAUUCUGAUGAUGACCAACGCUUAUUGUGCCUUCCAUAAUAAAGGCAGUUCAACAAAAUGA